GUUAGUGUGAUGGCUCUCAAGCCAGAAGUGUUAAAGGUAUAAAAAACAAAACAAAAAAAAAAAAAAAAAAACUUUGGAGUGAGUGCUCCGCACAUUGGUCUCGGGAAAAUAGUUGGAGUGAGCGCUCUUGUUGCUCGUGUUGUAGUAAAUAUCUUUUUGUGGAGGUAAGCUAGGUUAACGGGGAGGAGAAACAAACGGUAGCUCAUGCGAAUGUUUAAGGCAGUUUUACAAUGCUGGAACUUUGGUUACGUAUGUCUUUUUACAAUGUCAUAAAGCUGGGAACUUCAAACGAGAAACGCAAGCCUUGUGUGGAGUCCUUAGUUUAUUUGUUAGCUGGCUGUCUAGCAGCACAUGGUAGACGCGUUGUGAGGACAGCACAGUAAAAAGACAUUGACUCGGCGAGUUCAAGCAACACGGAACCACCUAACGCAAACAUGAGUCUGCGCUCGGGGAGAAGCUAUCACCGAAGCUACGCUACGCAGCGGCAAAACGAGGGAGGUGAAGAACCAGAACCAGGGGUCCCAGACGAACCAGAACUACUCCAGCGGUCUUCACAACCUUUCGACGCCAGGUCACAGUCCUCUAGAGCUACAACACGCUCUCAGGAGUCUUCAACAAGCUCUGCAGCGGCAAGAGCCUACGCUAAAGCACAAGCAGCUCGAGCUCAACUCGCAUAUGCAGAAAAAGAAGCUAACGUGAUGAAACAGAAAGCAGAGCUAGAUGCUAAUCUUCACGUUCUCCAGUGUCAAAAGGCAGUAGCUGCGGCGGAAGCAGAAGCUACAGCCCUCGAAGAAGUAGCGAUUCAAAGCGGGGAGCUUAAGAGAGAAACCUGCAACAAAAGUGAAUCUCUCAGUUCAGCCCAGCGUAUCAGCGAAUACGUUCAACAACAAAGGGAGUUACUCUACUCAGUCAAUCCUGUACAGCACACUGUAGUAGAACCUGCUGAAAGAGUAAAAAAAAAAAUACAAUGUUGAUGACGCUGGGCCUUGGUCCCACAAUCCUUUUAGGCAUACAGUUAAUUCCGCAAGCAACAACUUACCUGAUUCCUUUGGCCAGCAAGACUUUGCAAAAUAUCUCAUUCGCAAAGAACUAGUGAGUACAGGCCUCCUGCAUUUUGAUGACAAACCUGAAAAUUAUUGGUCAUGGAAAGCUUCCUUUAGUAGUGCGACUAAAGACUUAAAUUUAUCUGCCAGAGAGGAAUUGGACCUGUUGAUAAAAUGGCUGGGUCCCAAGUCGUCAGAACAAGCUAAAAGGAUCCGUGCUGUGCAUAACCUCAAUCCUCCUGCAGGCGCCAAGAUGGUUUGGCAGCGCCUUGAAGAGUGCUAUGGCUCACCUGAGGUUAUUGAAGAUGCACUCUUGAGAAAGUUGGAGGAAUUUCCCAGGCUCACAUUUAAGGACAAUGUUAAACUAAGAGAGCUUAGUGAUGUACUGUUGGAGUUAGAAUGUGCAAAGCAAGAUGGUGCCCUUCCAGGACUUACUUUCUUAGACACAGCUCGAGGAGUCAGGCCGAUUGUUGAAAAACUUCCCUUUAAUUUGCAGGAAAGGUGGACAGCUGUAGGAACACAGUACAAGGAAACUCAUCAUGUGCCAUUUCCUCCUUUCUCCGUUUUCACACAUUUUGUUCAGCAACAAGCAAAGAUGAAAAAUGACCCAAGCUUUAUCAUAGCCAGUUCCAGCAACAUUUCUACACGCACAGGAAAGGCCACACCAUACAACCAUAAACCCAUGGUGUCAGCACACAAGAUGGACAUAGCAGGAGAGCCAGUCCAGCAUGGCCCUGUGGAAAAGACAAUGGAAGAACCAGAUCGUCAGUGCCCAAUCCACAAGAAGCCACACCCGCUCAAAAAAUGUAAGCUUUUCAGAGAUAAACCUAUCGAAGAACGCCAAGCCUAUCUCAAAGAGCAUCGCAUUUGCUAUAGGUGCUGUGGGUCUGUGCAGCACAUGGCACGGGACUGUAGGGCAGUGGUCAAAUGUACGGAGUGCAGCAGUAGCAAACACACAUCGGCUUUACACCCAGGUCCUGCACCUGCUCCAAAGAGCACAGAGUUAGAAAGCGAAGAGCAGCGUGAUAGCUCACCUUCAGUCAUCUCAAAGUGCACAGAGGUAUGUGGCCUAAGUGGCAGCUCACGCUCCUGUUCUAAGAUAUGUCUAGCAAAGGUCUACCCUAAAGGGAAGAAAGAAAAAGCAGUUAAAAUGUAUGCUGUGAUUGAUGAACAGAGCAACGGGUCACUCGCUAAGUCAGAGUUUUUUAACCUCUUUGAAAUUGAAGCCAGACCCACUCCAUAUACCUUAAAGACCUGUUCUGGAAAAGCACAAGCUUUAGGAAGAAGAGCUCUGAACUUCCAUAUAGAGUCUAUGGAUGGAAAAUUGAAUAUCCAACUACCACCUUUGAUAGAAUGUGACUCUGUGCCAGACGACAGGACAGAGAUACCCUCUCCCGAGAUAGCGCACCAUCAUCCACAUCUCCUCCCAGUCGUAGACAAGAUUCAGCCAGUGGAUCAACAUGCUCCAAUCCUUUUACUCUUAGGAAGGGACAUCCUCAGGUUGCACAAAGUACGGGAGCAAAUCAACGGUCCCAGUAACGCUCCAUACGCCCAACGGCUGGACCUGGGUUGGGUUAUCGUGGGAGAGGUGUGUCUAGGGAAGGCUCACCGUUCAGCAGAGGUCAGUGUAUACAGAACACACACCAUUGAUAAUGGCCGUGAAUCCUACUUCAAACCAUGUCAAAGCUUUAUCGAUGUGAAAGAAAACUAUGGGCUAAAACCACAACGGCACAUCCCAUCAGCAGCAAAUCAUGUGGACACUACAACCAUUGUUCAUGACACGGACAACCUAGGGAAAUCUGUGUUUGAUAGAUCCAAGUGUGAUGACAAGCUUGCAUUGUCAGUAGAUGACAAAACAUUCUUAAACCUCAUGGCCAGUGAAGUCUACCAGAACAAAGAGAACAGCUGGGUUGCUCCUUUGCCCUUUCGUUAUCCAAGGCAAAGACUUCCAGACAACAGAGAGCAAGCUCUAAAACGUCUCCACUCACUGCGAAAGACUCUGGAAAAGAAACCAAAAAUGAAGAACCACUACAUCCAGUUCAUGCAAGGGAUGCUAGAUAAUGAUCAAGCUGAAGCAGCACCACCUCUACCCCAAGGUAAAGAACAUUGGUACCUACCUACCUUUGGAGUGUAUCACCCGCAGAAGCCAGACCAAAUACGUGUUGUAUUUGAUUCUAGUGCAGAGUGUGAUGGAGCUUCACUCAACCGAAUGCUUCUUAGUGGACCUAACCUAACCAACACCCUGUUGGGAGUACUCCUGCGCUUUCGGAAAGAGCCUAUAGCUCUGACAGCCGAUGUGCAGCAAAUGUUUUAUUGUUUUGUUGUACGGGAAGACCACAGAGACUAUCUCCGCUAUCUCUGGUUUGAGGACAAUGACAUUACCAAGAAUGUAAUGGAGUAUAGAAUGAAGGUUCAUGUUUUUGGAAACAGCCCUUCGCCUGCUGUGGCAGUGUACUGCAUGAGACGAGCAGCUCAAGAUGGGGAGCGAGAAUAUGGCUCGGACGCAAGACACUUUGUUGAGCGACAGUUUUAUGUUGACGACGGGCUCACGUCAGUUGCCACAGCAGAAGAUGCAAUCGACCUCUUCGUGAGAACCAAAAACAUGUUAGCAGAAUUCAACCUACGACUUCAUAAAGUGGCCUCAAAUUGCAGUCAAGUGAUGGAAGCUUUCACUGCUGAAGAUCGAGCAAGCAAUCUUAAGGAUUUAGACCUCGGAGUGGAUCCUCUCCCUGUUCAGAGGAGCUUGGGACUUUGCUGGGACCUACAAACUGACAGCUUCACGUUCUCCGUGUCUGCGGAAGUUAAACCAUUCACACGAAGAGGAGUGUUAUCUACAGUCAACAGCUUGUAUGACCCCUUGGGUUUUGUGGCUCCUAUAAUAAUGCAGGGCAAAGCAAUAGUCAGGGAACUUUCGUCUGAAGAGAGGGACUGGGAUGCUCCUCUGCCUGUAGGAAAGGAAAAGAUGUGGGUCUCAUGGAGAGACUCUUUAAAAGUCUUAAAAGGCCUCCAGGUACCGAGGUGCUACAGUCCAGGUUCCUUAAAAUCAACGGAAAAAAAGGAACUGUGCAUUUUCUCUGAUGCCUCCAUUGUAGCUAUAGGAGCUGUAGCUUACCUGCAUACAGUUGAUAGUGAGGGACAUCACGUUGGAUUUGUAAUGGGGAAGUCAAAACUGGCCCCUCGCCCUGCACACACAGUCCCACGCCUCGAACUCUGUGCUGCUGUUCUGGCGGUGGAAAUAUUCGAGCUAAUUAGAGACGAAUUGGAUGUGAAGGUGGACAAUGUCAAGUUUUUCACUGACAGUAAGAUUGUGUUGGGCUACAUACACAACGCUUCAAGAAGAUUCUACAUGUACGUUGCCAACCGUGUCACACAAAUCAGAUUGUCCACACACCCCAAUCAGUGGCAUUAUGUUCCAACUGAGCUAAAUCCAGCUGACCAAGCCACACGGUUUAUUCCAGCAGACCAACUCCAAGACAGCAACUGGUUUUCAGGCCCUGCCUUUCUGUAUAGGGACAAUUCCUCAGAGUCACAUGAAGUCAGGCUGUUUGGGCUGAUUGAACCUGACUCAGACAAGGAGGUGUGUCCAGAAGUCACGGCAAUGGUAACUGUAACGUCAGAGUAUCAGCUGGGUUCCCAGCGCUUCAAGAGGUAUUCUAAUUGGAAUACACUUCUACGAGUCAUAGCCAGACUCAUUCACGUGGUUGCGUCCUUUAGACAAAGGAGAAGUGAUCAAGGGGGCUGGAAAAGUUUCUUUGAAACGCCAAGUAUCAAAGAACUUACACAAGCCAGUGUUGUUAUUGUUAGAACCGUCCAGCAGGAGAUGGUCAAAGAAGGAAAAGAGACAAACACAAAACAUGACACUAUAAAAAAAACUCAAUCCCGUUGAAGAUGAAGAUGGCCUCCUACGAGUUGGUGGACGCCUCUCUUCUGCCAACAUCACAGAAAAUGAAAAGCAUCCUCUAAUUAUUCCAUCUGCCAAUCAUGUUGCUACAUUACUUGUGAGACACUUUCAUGAACAAGUGGCUCACCAAGGACGUCACAUUACUGAAGGAGCUGUCCGCAGUGCUGGAUAUUGGAUACUUGGAGGUAAGCGUCUUGUGUCUUCGGUCAUCCAUAAGUGUGUCACUUGUCGCAAGCUCCGAGGCAAGAUGGAGAUACAGAAAAUGGCAGAUCUACCAGCAGAUCGAGUUAUUCCCGAACCUCCUUUCACUACUGUUGGCUUAGAUGUUUUCGGACCGUGGACUGUCGUUACUCGUCGCACAAGAGGCGGUUGUGCCCAGAGCAAACGUUGGGCUGUUCUUUUUACAUGCAUGUCUACUAGGGCCGUACACAUUGAACUGAUUGAGACCAUGUCAACCGACAGUUUUAUUAAUGCCCUGAGAAGGUUCUUUUCUAUUCGUGGACCAGCUAAGCUUCUGCGCUCAGACCGAGGAACUAAUUUUGUAGGAGCUUGUAAGGAACUAGGAUUGGACAUGAACGAGGCUAAAGUAGAAAAGUAUUUCCAGGAAAGAGGAUGCAUUUGGAAGUUUAACCCCCCUCACGCAUCCCACAUGGGAGGAUCAUGGGAACGCCUAAUCGGGGUGGCCAGGCGCAUUCUAGACGGAAUGCUGGUAAAAAAUGCAUCGACACACCUCACUCAUGAGGUUUUGAGCACCUUUAUGGCAGAGGUAAUGGCCAUUAUUAAUGCAAGGCCUCUUGUGCCAGUGUCUACUGACCCAGACUGUCCUACAGUGCUCACGCCAGCUAUAUUACUCACGCAGAAGAUAAGCGCUGUUUCUGCUCCCUCCGGGAACUUUUCCUCAGGACAAUUGUAUGGGAAGCAGUGGAAACAUGUUCAGCACCUUGCUGACACCUUUUGGAAAAGGUGGAAAGGAGAAUAUUUAUCCACCUUACAGACUCGCAAAAAGUGGACAGACAACAGACCGAAUGUCCAAGAAGGAGAUGUCGUCCUGUUGAAGGAUGCUCAGGUCAACAGGAAUGAAUGGCCAAUGGGAGUUGUCGUGAAGGCUCUUCCUAGCAAAGACAAUAAGGUCCGUAAAGUGGAAGUGCGGAUUGCAAAAGAAGGGACUGUGAAACUGUUCCUACGACCAGUCUCAGACAUUGUAGUUCUUAUUUCUCAGGGACAAUGACUGUGGUUGAUGUUAACUAACAUUCCCCGAGUAGUAUAGAUGUGUUCAUUCAUGUUGUUCUGAUAUAAUGCAAUUAUAUCAAGCGGGGAGUGUGAUGGCUCUCAAGCCAGAAGUGUUAAAGGUAUAAAAAACAAAACAAAAAAAAAAAAAAAAAAAAACUUUGGAGUGAGUGCUCCGCACAUUGGUCUCGGGAAAAUAGUUGGAGUGAGCGCUCUUGUUGCUCGUGUUGUAGUAAAUAUCUUUUUGUGGAGGUAAGCUAGGUUAACGGGGAGGAGAAACAAACGGUAGCUCAUGCGAAUGUUUAAGGCAGUUUUACAAUGCUGGAACUUUGGUUACGUAUGUCUUUGUGAGUAUGAACGAGCAUAAAUUGUACAACCUUUCGGCAUGCAACGCUAUCGUAUGUAAUUGUUAAUUAAACAAUUUCUGUACGUUUCAGUUACAAUGUCAUAAAGCUGGGAACUUCAAACGAGAAACGCAAGCCUUGUGUGGAGUCCUUAGUUUAUUUGUUAGCUGGCUGUCUAGCAGCACAUGGUAGACGCGUUGUGAGGACAGCA